CUCUUAGUAAUGUUUACAUCUUGGGGAUAAAAUUGCUUUGUUGUGAGAAGAUUAUUGUGACGGUACAACAAGAGUAGUCCAGUUAUUUUGUAUAAGGAAGAAAAGAGUGGUAGAUCUUUACCUCAGUGAAGAAGAAGGAGAAAAGCUGCCUUAUUGUGAGAGUUUAUGGGUAGCUGUAGAAGUUCUCAAUGAUGACAUCUCCAGUAGCAUCAACAUCAACUUCAGAGUGUACAGUAAAAUGCCAAGAGGAUAAGAAAAAUAAUGAUAACCUUAAGCAGCUAAAAUGUGAGCCCUUGACUGACUCAUCAUUCACACUUCCUGGACAUCAUUCGCAACUUCCUUCCCCCAUGCCAGCUAAAAGAAAAAUGACAGAUUGUGUUCUUGAGUUAACAAUUGAAGCAAAGGUAAUGAAAAGGGAACCGAGUGAGACGAUGGAGACUCAGAAUACCAUAACACAGGAGUAUAGAGAAAGAGAAGUUCAGCUUAAAAUGAUGGGAACUAAAAGAAAAUUACUGAGUGAUGCAUAUGAGAAGUCAUUUGAAAAGAUCCAGAACCUGUCAGCACAACUCAAAGCAUAUAUUGCAGAUAGACAGAAGAUGACAGAAAUGGAACAGAAAUAUGCUGAACAAAACGAAGCUCUACAUAGAACUUUAAGGAGAAUCUCCAUUAACAAGAUAAGACAUUUGCAGCGUAGGGUAGAUAGAAGAGACGUGGUUAUCAAGGCUCAAAAAGACAUUAUUAAAGGAACUCAUGAACGUAUGUAUGAACUUGAACACCAGCUAAUAGGAGUUAAGGCAAAAUGUGAGGAUAUGACCAAGAAAAUAAAUGAAGUCAAUGGGGAGAAGAUCAAACUACAGAGAAGAGUGAGUCGCCUCAAGAGGUUACUUUAUGAGAAGCAGAUUACAGUGGAUAAAGUGAUCACAAAUAAUGAAAGAAAGAUACUAAAUCUUGAAGAAGAUAUGCAGGCUCUUAAGCAAUACUUGUCAGGGGUUUCUAAAUAAAUUCCCUUUUAUGAAGAUAUAUUGUACAUGGAAAUUUUAUAAGGAAUUAAUUUGAAGCCUGAAACUGUAUUUAAACCUGCAGAUGAUAAUAAAACACUUCCCAAACCUUAGGCUAUGUAACAGGAGCCAGGCCUAUCAGGUUUCCACAAUCAAAUCAGAACCCUUGAAGACUACUGACCCUUAGGCAUCAAUUCUCUUCUGUUGUAUAAUUGUUAUUUGAUCAAUUACAGUACAGUAUCUAGGAAAUGAAAGUACUGUACUGUACUAAGAGUAGUUUGCUUCCCCAUAAUCAUUAGGUAAGGAUAUAUCAAAUACUGUGUACUUUAUUUGACACAUUGUUGGUGACCUUGAUGUAGUUAUCAGGUUUUCUCUUAAGGGUGACCUACCAUGGAAGGGAGAUAUUCUGAGCUUGUUCUUUUACCCCUGGUGAUGUGAAGAAUACCACAUCUUGUACCCAGACCACACCACUCAGUCUUACAUUCCUUUUCUCUCCCAUCUACACACCUGCUCCCAGCAAAUGUGUCUUCCUAAUGCUGAAUAUCUACUGUACUGUCUGAACAUAUCCCCCCCCCCCAGUACAGUAUUAUCAUUACUAAAGGCAUUCUGUGCUUUCCUGCCAUUUUUUCCCCACCUUUAAUGUCUCCAGCAUAAUUUUCCAUUUGCAUCACCCUAAGUCCCUUCUCUUUUCUUCACAACAAAAUUACAAUCCCCAAAGAAACUAUGACUAAGGCCAUACAAAAUAUACCUUUAAGACAGAUUCCUAUAGCAAUUGUUUCCAUGUCAAGUCUUUAGUAAAAAAACUUACUUGU